AUGAAGUCAAUCGCCGCCGCUUCGUUGGUGCUCGCGCUGGCAGUGCUGUCGUCGGCAGCUCCGACAGUGGCUGAGCCCAUUUCGCACGCUUCCUAUCGCCCUGUGAACGUGCAUCGACGACAGUCGGCUGCUCCGGACGGCAGCACGGCAAGCCAGCAGGCGAUCUACCAGCAGGCCUUCACCGAUCCCGUCGGAGCAGCCAAGGCGGCCAACGCGCUGCCGUUCAUCGCGGGCCAGUAUGCCACUGGCAACCUGUACCGCUACAACCUCGUCGAGGACAACACCCAGCUGCCCUGGAACGCCAACGUGCCCUUCGUCGCCGAGGCCGCCGUCAACGGAAGCGUCGAUGGCGGCUGGCAGGCGCUGCCCAACAUCGAGGGCAUGACGCUCAACCGCACAUUUGCCGUGCAGCCGGGCGCAGUCAUGCCGUUCUACCAGACGCAGGGCUACGACGCCUCCAAGGUGAAGCGCGCCGUCAUGAUCAUGCCGGGCAAGCCGCGCGAUUGCUGGAAGUACACCUCGCUGGUGCAGAAUGCACUCAACGUCUACACCACCAACCCGCAGAGCGCAGGCAACAAGGCCGACGGCACCUCCUCCACCAGCGCUGCGGACAGGACCGCCAAGGACGAGGUGCUCAUCCUCGGCCCGUGCUGGAUGAACUCGGACGACGCAUCGGCGGGUGCGAUCCAGUCGGGCGAGCUCUACUGGCACGGCUCGCAGUGGCAGUCCGGCAUGGCAUCGCGCGGACCGGGAUCGACGGCGCUGUCGUCGUACGAGGUGAUGGACUCGUUCAUGGAGACGCUGUUUGACAAGACGCAGUUCCCGGCGCUCGAGACCGUCGUCAUGGCGGGCCAUUCGAUGGGCGCGCAGAUGGUACAGCGCUACGCUGUGGUCAAGCAGCCCGCCGCGUACGACGCCAGCGUGUCGUACUGGGUGGGUAACCCCGGCUCGUACGUCUGGCUCACCUCGACGCGGCCCAACGAGAACAACGCCAGCUGCGCCAACGACUACGACGAGUGGGCGUACGGACUGGACGGCUCGGGCGUGCCCAACUAUGCGCGCGACCGUGUACGGGACGACAAGAACGCGGUGGUGCAGGCGUUUGCCGCACGCAACGUGCACUACAACUACGGCCUGCUCGACAACGGCCAGGGCGACACGUCGUGCGAGGCAUCCUACCAGGGCGCCAACCACCUCGAGCGCGGCUGCCACUUUGUCGAGUCGGUCGCUGCACUCAACGCCAACGCGCUGCCCAAGACGCACACGGCUAACUUUAUGCCCAACGUCUCGCACGAGGACUACGCCAUGCUCUCGUACAAUAUCUCGCUCUACCGCCUGUUCGAAGAGGUGCCCGAGGGUGCCACCAACACCAGCACCAGCUCCGCCAAGGGCGCCGCCACAAAGGGCCAGGGCGGCUCGUCCAGCGCGGCCGCUCCCAAUGCACUAGUGAACAGCGUGGCGCUGACGCAGCAAUGGCCAUUCUGGACGCACAGCUUUGAACAACUUGCCGCAGCGCCGAUUAGCGCCGUGCGAGGGGAGUUGGCCAGAGCGCACAGACGGCUCUCGGCAACUCGGAACAACCGAUGCAGACCGCUGCUCGGCCUCGCCCUGCUCGUCCUCGUGACUGCUUCGAGCGACUCGACGUGGGCGCGCACUCUGCUCCUCCUCGCCUUCUCUCUUUCCACCACAUCCCCUCCCUCAUCUCUGUACCGCACGAUCUUGCCCAACAUGCCCAAGCCAGGACCCGCAAGUCGCAGCACGAUUGCCAACCUCAUGCGCCUGUCGCAUGUGGCGGGCUGUCCCUGUCACGGAUGCAGCGUCGCACGCGGCGGCGCCAACCUCGCGCGCGCAGGUCUCAACAUGAUCUCCAAGCACAACGCACAGCCCGGUGCCAAUGCGCGCGGCUACGCCACUCCUGUCGACAACCUCGUGCAGAAGGAGUACGCGUUCGAGCUGGCGGCGUCCAACGUGCGCUUUGGCGAGGGCGUCACCAACGAGGUGGGCAUGGACUUUGCCAACAUGAAGGCGCGCAAGGUGGGUGUCUUUACCGACUCGACCGUGCGCGGCCUCACCGCCAUGAAGCAGUCCAUCGAGGGCCUCGAAAAGGCUGGCGUCAAGUACGAGGUCUACGACAGGUGCAGGGUGGAGCCCAACGAAGAGUCGUGGUCCGAUGCGAUCAAGUUUGCGCGCGAUCAGGACUUUUCGCACUUCCUCGCCGUCGGUGGCGGUAGUGUCAUGGACACCUGCAAGGUCGCCAAUCUCUUUACGUGCUAUCCCGAAGCCGACCUGCUCGAGUUCGUCAAUGCACCCAUCGGUCGUGGCACGCCCAUCGACAAGGUGCUGCGUCCGCUGCUGUGUGUGCCCACCACCGCGGGUACCGGAUCCGAGACUACGGGCACCGCCAUUUUUGACCACACCGCCACCGAGUCCAAGACUGGCAUUGCGUCGCGCGCGUUGCGUCCCCUGCUCGGCAUCGUCGAUCCGCUCAACACCGAGACGUGCCCAACGGCGGUGCACGUCAGUGCGGGUCUCGACGUGCUCUUCCAUGCGCUCGAGUCGUACACGGCCAUCCCCUACAACGAGCGCAUGCCUCGCCCCGCCAACCCUAUCCAGCGCCCCGCCUACCAGGGCCGCAACCCCAUCUCGGACGUAUUCUCGCUCUGGGCGCUCAAGCAGACUGUCAAGUACCUCCCGCGCGUCGCACGCGACCGCACCGACGCCGAGGCGCGCGGUCAGAUGCUCCUCGCCGCCACCUUUGCCGGUAUCGGCUUCGGAAACGCCGGUGUUCAUCUGUGCCACGGUAUGUCGUACCCGAUUUCGGGCCUCAACAAGAAGUUUGGCAAGUACCAGCAUCCGGGAUACCAGGUGGACCAUCCCAUCGUUCCCCACGGCAUCUCGGUCGCACUCACCGGCCCUGCCGUGUUCGACUUUACCGCACCCUCGGCUCCCGACCGCCACCGCGAGGUCGCUGCGAUCUUUGAGGGGUACCAGAACGGAAGCGAGGCGACCGACAUUGCGCGCCUGCCCGAUGCCGAGGUGGGCGCGCUCGUGUACGACCGCAUCGCCGCCUUCCUUGCCGACCUCGGCGUGCCGCGCGGACUGUCCAAGAUCGGCUACGGAAACGAGCACGUAGAGGCGCUCGUCAAGGGCACCAUCCCGCAGAGGCGCGUGCUCGACCUCGCGCCCGGCAUCGGCGACGUCCACGGUGCAGAUGGACACGAACACCUCGCCCGCAUCCUCGAAAAGUCGCUCUCGUACUAA